UAUAUUUCAAUUUUAAAUUCAAAAAUAAAACAUGAAAAACCAGCUAACACAGAAAAAUGCCCAAGGGACAAGAGCAGCAGCAUCAUCAUCAACAAAAAUUCUAAAAAUAUUUCAAUGUAUUCAUCAUCAAUUCGUAAAAAUUGACACUUGUUUUUAAGAGAUUUUGCCAAAAUCAACAAAAUUGUUCGUAUAAAUUUCUAACAUGUCAUCUCUUUUAAGAAAACGUCAAGCAAAUAAUUUUACUCGUGUUCUUAAUCGUAAUCCUCAGCUAUUGACCUGUAAUUCGUAUAUAAAUUUUUUACGUUUCUAUAAAACGCAACAUCCUCGUUAUGGUCUUAGGAAACUUUUACAAAAUGGCCUAAAAGUUUGGACUAAUUUGUCAGUUCAAGCUAGAAAGGAGUUUAAACAAAAGAAAUCUCAAAGUUUUGAAGAUAUAAGACCCCGUUUAAAAUGGAAAUCAAAGACGUCCAGAAUGAGCAAAGUUCCUCGCAAACGUAUGCCGAGAACUUAUAAGAAACGUCACUUAACAGCAGCAGUGAAUAUAAAAAGACAUAAACGUAAUAAACAACGUUGGCAGAGAUAUGGGCGUAAAAAAUUUCCGGGACAGUUUAAUUGAUUUAAUUUUUAAAGGAUAAAAGAAUUUUCGAAAUGAAAUUAUAAAUAUUUCUUGUUCAAAUUCAAAGUUUUUAAUCUAGAUUUUAAGAAAAUCUUUAUUACCUGAGAAAUCGGAAUUUGUUUUUGCUAAAAAUGUUUACCUGGUUUCUCAUUAAACAUUUUUGUUUUGCAAUUUAAAAAUAUAAAACUAUUACUAUAAUAAUUUAGCCUACUAAAUUAUGUUUUCCUAUAUUUGGUGCCAAGUUAUAUAUUGAAAUAUAUAAAUGAAUUGCACAGCGUAUUAAUUAAAUAUUCGUACUCGUAGUUAAAAUAAAAACUAAAAAAAAAAACUGAAAAUGUUUUAAAAACCUAUUAAAGGUUUUGCGUGUGGCAAGUGCAGCUAAGUAACAGUAAUUUCAUGUAAAUUAAAACAACAACUUCCGUCAGUACAAAGAAAAAGAAAUAUAAAUGUAAACAAAUAAAAUUGUUUAUAUUUUUUUCCAUAAUAACACUCUUUUUAAGUAUAUUUAAUAUUCUUAAACAGCAGCAGCAUAUUAUUAUUUUAAAAUAA